AUGGCGAAAACAUUUCUACUAAUUAGUAGUUGUUGUCUAAUUAUAUCUAUACUAACUAUCAAAUUAGUUAUCUGUUUGCCCCAACCCUAUCAAAAUGCUGUCAAUAUAGGCGGUAAUAACAAUCAAGUUAAUUAUGGAGGUGGAGGUGGUCCAGGUGCUUGGGGUGCAGGAGAUGCAGGUGCUUGGAAUGCUGGAGGUGUUGGAGGUGCUGGAGUUGUUGGAGGUGGUGGAGGUGCUGGAGUUGUUGGAGGUGGUGGAGGUGCUGGAGUUGCUUGGGGUGCUGGAGGUUCUGCUGCUUGGGGUGCUGGAGGCCAUAAUAGUUAUGGUGCUGGUUACGUGCCAGUAGCACCAGUAGUAGCACCAGUAGCACCAGUAGUACCACUUGGCGUGAUACAACCUGUCGGUUAUGGCUAUGGUGGAUGGCAUGGAUAUAGCGGCGGAUGGCAUGGACACGGCGGCGGCGGCGGAUGGCAUGGACGUGGCGGCGGAUGGGGUGGUAGGUGUCGUAGAGGUUAG